AUGUCUCCGAUUUCAAACAUCUUCACGGCCGACAAUACAAUCAAUCUCACUCCUCAUGCAAUUCUCAUCCUCACCGCAAUCUUCUCGAUUCUCUGGUACCUCUCCAAACGCCAAACGCAACCGCCUCUACCGCCCGGACCGCGAGGGCUACCUAUUGUCGGCAACCUUCCGUUUCUUGAUCCGGAGCUUCACACCUACUUCACAACCAUCGCUCAAAAGCACGGUCCGAUCUUCAAACUCAACCUCGGCUCAAAACUAACCGUCGUGGUCAACUCUCCAUCGCUGGCUCGAGAGAUCUUGAAAGAUCAAGACAUCAAUUUCUCAAACCGAGACGUCCCUCUCACGGGCCGUGCCGCUACUUACGGCGGUCUCGACAUCGUUUGGUUACCAUACGGUGCCGAAUGGAGAAGGGUUAGAAAAAUUUGCGUUCUCAAACUUCUUAGCCGCAAGACUUUGGAUUCUUUCUACGAGCUUCGACGCAAAGAAGUCAGGGAAAGAACAAGAUUUUUGUACAAGAAAGGUCAAGAAGAAUCGGCGGUGAACGUGGGGGAACAGAUUUUCGUGACGAUGAUGAAUCUAACGAUGAAUAUGUUGUGGGGAGGUUCGGUGAAACCAGAGGAGAUGGAGAGCGUUGGGACAGAGUUUAAAGGAUUGGUCUCUGAGGUAACUAGUCUUUUGGGUGAGCCUAAUGUUUCGGAUUUUUUUCCGUGGCUAGCGAGGAUCGAUCUUCAAGGGCUUGUGAAGAGGACGCGUGUGUGCGCGCAAAAGCUCGAUGCGGUACUUGAGCGAGCUAUCGAACAUAUGCAAAGGCUAAAAAGAAGUGAUGAUGGUGAUGAUGGUGAGUCCAAAGACUUUUUGCAAUACUUGAUGAAGUUAAAAGACCAAGAAAGUGACUCGGAGGUCCGUUUUACGGAUAACCAUGUCAAAGCCGUACUCACGGAUAUGGUGGUUGGUGGCACGGAUACAUCUACAAACACAAUAGAGUUUGCGAUGGCAGAGCUAAUAAGCAAACCAGAGUUGAUCAAGAGAGCGCAACAAGAGCUAGACGAAGUUGUAGGCAAAGACAACAUCGUUGAAGAAUCACACAUCACUAGACUUCCUUACAUAUUAGCCAUUAUGAAAGAAACACUUAGGCUUCACCCAACUCUUCCUUUGUUAGUUCCUCACCGUCCGGCUGAAACCGCGGUGGUGGGAGGCUACACCGUUCCUAAAGACACGAAGAUCUUUGUCAAUGUUUGGUGUAUUCAGAGAGACCCAAACGUAUGGGAGAAUCCAACUGAGUUUCAUCCUGAGAGGUUUCUUGAUAAUAAACAGUUUGAUUUCACUGGAAACGAUUAUACCUAUUUUCCCUUUGGAUCUGGCCGGAGAAUCUGCGCUGGUGUAGCACUCGCUGAGAGGAUGGUUUUGUACACUCUUGCGACGCUAUUGCACUCUUUCGAUUGGAAGAUUCCGGACGGUCACAUGGUGGAUUUGGAAGAGAAGUUUGGAAUUGUUUUGAAGCUUAAGACACCUCUUGUUGCCUUGCCCGUUCCUAGGUUGUCCGGUUCGAAUCUUUAUCUAUAG